ACGAUUUUCAUAGCAAACAAGUUGGCAACGCCGUAAAAUUUAUAAUUUUUUCUAUCCCAAAAAAAUCGGAGUCACGCUGAAAAUAUUCUUUAUAAUUAUAAAAAUAAUUCAAUUUAAAUAAAAUUGAUAUACAUAUAAAGAAACAAAAUGGCUGAGGACUUUGAUGUGGAAGCCAUGCUGGAAGCACCAUACAUUAAAAGUAAUUCUACUAUUGGCAGUAGCGGCACCAGUGGUAGCGGACACGUCCAAGAAGACGACGUAUCUCAUAAAUAUGGAAAAUCCGAACAUCGGAACUCAGUAUCUGAAGCGAAUGGGCGACGUUACAAUAGAUCCAGAAGCCGAUCAGGGUCACGAGAUGAUGAAAGAAAAAAGGCCUCAAAUUCGGAUCGAGACAAAGGCAGGGUAAAAGAUAGGAACCGGUCAAAAGAUCGUGAACGUGAUCGUGAAAGGGAACGUAAAAGAUCUUCACGUGAUAGAGACCGUGAUCGUGACCGUGACCGCGAACAUCGUUCAAGAGAUCGCCGUAUUAGGAGUCGUUCACGUGAAAAUCAUCGCAGUAGGUCAAGAGACCGUAAGAGGAGUAGUUCAAGAUCUGUACGCAAAAGCAGUCGUUCUCGUGAUUACAGACGUAGUCGUUCUAAAGAUCGCCGAUCUAGGGAACGUCUUAGUCCCAUAAAAGAACGAGGAAACAGUCGAUCAUACAGACAAUCUCGCUCCCGCGAGAGAAGCAAGCGACGUACCAGUGGUUCACCACGGCCCUUUAGACGUGGCAGAACUCCACCAAAUGGAUUGGGUCCCGAUUGUUCACCUCAAACUGAACUUAGCCCAGAGGAACGCGAUGCUCGUACAGUUUUUUGUAUGCAACUUUCCCAACGUGUUCGUGCUCGUGAUCUUGAAGAGUUCUUUUCUAGUGUUGGAAAAGUAAGAGACGUUCGCUUAAUAACAUGCAAUAAGACAAAGCGCUUUAAGGGUAUUGCGUAUAUAGAAUUCAAAGACCCAGAAUCAGUAGCUCUCGCUUUAGGCCUAUCAGGACAAAGACUACUGGGAAUACCGAUCGUCGUUCAACAUACACAAGCUGAAAAAAAUAGAAUUGGGAAUACGGUACCGACGUUUACACCGAAAAAUCAUACUGGACCGAUGAGACUUUAUGUUGGAUCUUUACAUUUUAACAUAACUGAAGAUAUGCUGCGCGGCAUAUUUGAGCCAUUUGGAAAGAUUGACUCUAUUCAAUUAAUAAUGGAUAGUGAGACAGGACGUUCGAAAGGUUAUGGAUUUAUAACGUAUCACAACGCUGAAGAUGCAAAAAAGGCAUUGGAACAGCUAAAUGGAUUCGAGUUAGCAGGCCGUGCAAUGAAAGUAGGCAAUGUUACGGAGAGAUUAGACAUGAACACAACAUCACUUGAUACUGAUGAAAUGGAUCGAAGUGGUAUUGAUUUGGGGGCUACUGGUCGCUUACAAUUAAUGUUUAAAUUAGCCGAAGGCGCAGGCUUAGCCGUCCCUCAAGCAGCUGCCAAUGCUUUACUUGCAACUGCUCCGCAACCAGCGCCCGUACAAACUCAAGCACAAAAUCCCCCCAUUGCUACACAAUGUUUUAUGUUAUCAAACAUGUUUGAUCCACGUACGGAAACCAAUCCAACCUGGGAUACAGAGAUACAAGACGAUGUUAUUGAUGAAUGCUCCAAGCAUGGUGGUCUUUUGCACAUAUUCGUAGAUAAAAUUUCGCCGUCUGGCAAUGUUUAUGUCAAAUGUCCUAGCAUAACAACCGCUGUUUUAGCUGUAAAUGCAUUACAUGGAAGGUGGUUUGCGGGCCGUGUAAUUGCUGCAGCUUAUGUUCCACUGCUGAACUAUCACUCUAUGUUUCCGGAUGCGAUCACUGCUGUUAAUGUUCUGACUUCUAAUAGAAAGACAAAUGAAUAAACAUAACUAAAAAAAUGAAGUACACUCUAUAGAACCCCUUUUAUUAUUUUUAAUUUGGUAGUGGGCAUUCAAUAAACAUGCUCCCAUUCCUGCUUCUUUUUUAUUAAAUUAAGAGUUUCCUAAUAUUAUCAUUAACAUCAAAGACAUGACUUUAUGUUUUAAAAUGUUAUUUUCGAUAUAUUCUAAAAAUAUAUGUAAUAUAACAAUAAAAAAUGUUUUGCUUUA